UGCCAAAUCUCUCACCAACGGCAAGACCGCCGAGACCGCCGACUUCGGGCAAAUGGUAUUAGGCAGCCUGACCAACCCGCUCGUGGGGCCGUGGCUGGUCCUAGGCGUCCUGGGGUGCCUGGCGCUGCUGCUGCUGGGCGCGGUGAAGCUGCCGCAGAGGGACGACAAGGGCAGCCGGAGCAUCCUUAG